AUGAAUGGAACAGGUCUACGACCUAAGUGGAAAGACAAUCCACGACUGCCUCAAUUGGUCGGCAAGCAGUCGACGGAUGACUUGCAUACCCCUUGCUACGUGCGUCAUGCGUACAGGCAUGGCACCGUGGCUGUGGGGCCACCUUACAAGCUGCGGGAGCCACUGGAUGCUCGUAGUCCAGCGUGGACUGCGGCCCGCUUGGUGGAUGCCUCGAUCGAGAAGCAAGAUUGGGUCAGAUCAUACAGCAAGAUCCUGAAGGAGCACCGUCGCCAGCUGGGCCCCGCGCAGGGCAUCCGCGAGAUGUGCCGCACCGCUGUCUCCUUGCCGAAGCUCGCCGGCGAUGGGGACGCGACGCUGCGGCCAAAGCCACGCCCAGUACUGCGGCCACACAGCGCUGACAAGAUCAAGAAGGAGCGAAGAGCUUCACCGUCACCCACCCGCACGGGUGGUACCGAGAUCAGUGAUGCCAUCGAUACCUCCAAGUUGGACAAGACCCAACGGACGUGCCUGUGA